CCUCACAGAAACACUUCCCCUUCAGUUCUCAGAAGAGAAAUACAGAAACAGCAGGUUAGAGACUCUGACAGUCGAGAGCCAGAGACCAAGAGAGAAGCACGAUGUCUGAAUUCAGAAGGAUCCUGAUGUCUUCAUUCCUGAUGCUGCUGCUCCACUUUCCAGCUGCAUCUGUGAAACAAUACUACCCCAUUGUCAGAGCUGGAGAUGAAGUCACUUUGCCUUUUGACAAUGUGAUAGAUGAUCAGGAUAAGUGUGAGAGUACUGAGUGGAGCUUCAGUGAUUCACCAUACUCACCAGGAGUGACGCUGUUUGCAGACGGGCAGAUUCACAAAGCAGCCAAAGCUAAAUCAGACAGACUGAAUGUUACACAGAAUUGUUCUCUGGUUAUAAAGAAGGUCACAGAGGAGGAUGCUGGAUGUUACGGCUGCAGACAGUUCAGAUCAGGAAUACAACAAGAUCCAGUCUCUCGUGUUUAUCUGUAUGUUGUUACCAUGACUGAACAUCAGGACAAUGAUGAGGUGACGUUAAACUGCUCUGUGUCGACAUAUGGAGGGUGUGCACACAGAGUGAAGUGGCUGCUUCAGGGUCGAGAUGUGGUUAAAGAUCACAGAGAUAUAAACACAUCACAGUCUUCCUGCUCUUCUGCCUCUGUGACAUUUCUGACUUCUCUCUUUAGUUACACAACAAGGUCUGAGUUGUUUACUUGUGAAGUAACUAGUAAGAUCACAGGAGAAGUUCAUCUGUUUCCCUUCAGCGAUCAGUCCUCAGGAGAUGCUACAACAACUGGAACACCAACAAUUCAUGAAUGGACAUCUGAAAACAACAACAAAGAAACAGACUGCAAACAUCCAGAAGGACCAGCUGUGUGGUGGGUCAUCAUGGUGCCUGUGGGGUUAGCAGCUCUCAUCAUCACCGUGGUUACAGUCCACAUCUGGACCAGAGCUAAAGGGGGCAAAAAACGGAUGACAAAAAACCUUGAGCAGAAUGAUGAAGAUGAAGAUGAAGAUGAGGUGAACUAUGAAAACGAUGGAGGGGCUUCUGCCUCUGUGUGACUGAUCAACAACAUCAACUCCCCUCAGAGUCCAUGCUGUCAAACAUCACCUCCUCAUAUUCUACAGGAGAAAACAGGAGAACCAUGAGAUCAUUGGAACAUUUCUGAUGACUGAGAACACCUGAGCCCCAUGAGAGGCCCUUCAGAAACUCACCUCCAUAUGAUAGGAAACAUAGCUUAUUAUAUUCAUUCAUUUCUGAUUUAACAUCCUUUAAGUAUGCUCUCACAUUCCCAUACAUAGUUAUAUAUCUGAUCUAUAGUCUACAGUCUCUGUAUAUAACAUCUCAAUAUUAGCAGUACUUGUGCUCACACCUUAUACCUUCACUUCUCACUGUAACUGCUGCACAUGUUCAAACAUACAAGUGUUGGGUUGAAUUCAUAACAUUUCUAAAUUGUAAAAUAAUCCCUAAUCUAUAUUUCUUCAUUGUGCUCUCUAGGGACUUUCAGUCAAACUUGGUCUAAUCAAUUUUAAGAAUAUCUUUUAUUUGUUUUUGUUAUUAAUGAUUCAUAUAAUGUCUUCUAAUUAGCAUAGCGUGUACUUAUACCUACAGUAUAUAUACCUGUACUGCCUAACUGCUGCACAUGCUGUAUAUAUCUGAUCAAUAGUCUAUACAAUAUAUUUACUAUACUCUCUUUUUACUCUAUAUGUAUUCCUAAAGCUGAAAUGCCUCCAGUAUCUUAGGAUGUUUUAAUUAGCUUAAGUCCUAAUGGAAUAUGUUACUCCUUUUUUUACUACGGCUUUAAUGAUAUAUAAUCCAAAUAAAAAGAGUGCUUUUAAUCAA